AUGAAGUUCUCUGUCGUCUCUGCUCUCUUCCUGGCCACCGCUGCCAUGGCCACCCCCGAAAUUGGCGACGACAUCAACAACCUCGUCACCGGAGCUGAGGGUGUCUACUCAACUGCCAAGGCCGACGGCCAGUCCAUCGGCUCUGACGCCGCAGCUGAAGCCACCUCCAUCGCCAACGCUGUCCACACUGGUGGUGCCGCCGCCGUCUCAACUCUGACCGGUGCUGCCGGCGCUGCCGCCACGGCUGCCGAGAACGAGGCCAGCACCAUUGCCUCCGAUGCUCAGAGCCGAGCCAGCGAUGCCCGUAGCCAGGCUUCCACCUGGGUCACUGGCCACACCCUGACCAACUCCGAGGGCUCAGCCACUGCUACCGUAUCUACCACCAUGACCACCACCACUGGCGAGACCAGCUCUACCGGCUCUUCUAGCGACUCUUCCUCCACUGGCUCCUCCGCCAGCGAGUCUGCUUCCGGCUCCUCUUCUACAUCUGACAACGGUGCCUUCGCUCGCCCUACUGCUAUCGGCGCUGCCGCUGCCGGUAUGGCUGGUGUCCUGGGCUUCAUGGUUGCCCUGUAA